AAAAGUUUUAUCAUAGUUCUCCAAGCCAUAUUCGAAAAUCUGGAUUUUAUUUUUAAGCGAGUUAUGGAAGGCCACUAAUUUUUUUUCUGAAUAACAUUAGCUUGAAUUUAGUGUAAUAUAACGCGCGCGGAAAUGUAGAAUAUUUCACUUGUAUAAUUCCUAAUUAAUCUUUUUUUUUUUUUAAUGGCGAGGUGUGUGACCGCAACACGCUACGGGGCUCUCCACGCGCCUCUCUAACGGAGCGUAUAAGGACUGGGAGCUGCAGUGCUUCUCACUGGAGACAGAGGAAGUGAAGUUCUCCACUUUCUUACCCGAAAAUUUGACGCGUUCUUCUGAAGUUCUUAAAUCUGCUAAUGGCACAAUCAGAAUCAGUGUUUUCUCCGGGACUGGAGUACCUGACUCAGAUCGACGAGUUGAUUGUUCAGGGGGAGGUGGACUAUAUGGAAGCCCUGUCCGCAUUCCAGUACAAAAACAUUUAUGGAGUCAAGAACAGUCUGGGUCAGGUGGUCUUCUACGCGGUGGAGGACUCAGACUGCUGCGACAGAUUUUGUUGUGGGUCUCAGCGUUCGUUCCUCCUAAGAGUCAUGAAUAACCUUGGCGAGGAGGUCAUCAGGAUAUCACGGCCUCUGAACUGCUGCCUGCAAGAGCUGGAGGUCCAGUGUCCCCCCGGGAAGCCCAUCGGAUACGUCACUCAGGAAUUGCAUCCAUUUCACCCAGAAUUCAUGAUCAGGAAUGAGAGGGAUGAGCCGGUACUGAAACUGACUGGACCAUUUUGUAUUUGUGGAUGUGAUACAGACUUUGAGGUGAAAUCUCCGAACGAAGCCAUUGUGGUCGGCAGAAUCACCAAACAUUGGGCCGGCCUGGCUCAAGAAUUGUUCACUAAUGCCAGUAACUUUGCCAUACGCUUCCCUCUGGACCUGGACGUCAGAGUCAAGGCCGUCUUACUUGGAGCCUGUUUUCUCAUCGAUUUUAUGUAUUAUAAGAACUGAAGAUGAGUCCAUUUGAGGAUAUGACUGCAGAUCCAGAAAAGAUGCGAUGCUUGCAAAGUUAUUCAUUUCAUUUCUGAAGUUUCGAGAGUUGCUAGUGACAGUGUUAUCAGGGUCAUUCAUUUGCAUUGACACAAUUGUGCUUUGAUCCAUUUCCACUUCAGGCAUGUAGCUUUUGCACUGGCACAA